GUCAUAUUGUACUAUGUGUUUUUCUUCUGCAUCAAGAGAAAAACAGGCUCACAUGCCACCAGAAUCUGGGUUGGGGUUCCUUGUGAUCUGUCAAGUUGUCUGAGAGAAGGUUUGGUAGUAUCACUUCAAUGGCGAAAAUCGCAAGAGUUGUUUUGCAGUCACUGCUUAAAGUAAUGAACUCGAUUUUGGGACUGCUUGGAAUUGCAUUGAUUCUCUAUGGUCUUUGGUUGGUUAGAGUUUGGGAGAGGGACAUGCAUAGCUCAUCAUCCUUUGAUCAAUAUACUACUGCUCCAUGGGUAAUAUGCACUUUUAUUGGGGCUGGUCUUACCUUGUGCAUCAUAACAGGCAUAGGUCAUCUAGCUGCAAGCUGUGGCAGUGGUUGUUGCCUCUCUUGCUAUACGUUGAUUAUUUGUAUGCUUCUUCUAUUGGAGACUGCAAUGGCUGCAGAUAUACUCUUAAACUCUGACUGGGAGAAGGAUCUCCCCUAUGACCCUACUGGAAAGUUCAACGAUUUCAGAGAUUUUGUGGAGUCAAACUUCGACAUGUUCAAGUGGAUUGGCCUGAUGAUCAUCUUAGCUCAGGGUUUUUCGAUUUUAUUGGCUACGGUUCUAAGGUCGAUAGGACCAGAACAAGUAGAGAACUGUGACAGCGAUGAAGAGUGUGCCCCAUCAAGAGUCCCACUCAUGAACCAUAUCGUUCAGCAACCAGAAUACAUUGUCGCUGCCAAGAAUACCAGUAACUGGAAUGUAAGAAUUCACUCCUGACGCCUCUCACUACAUAAGAAUUGAUAAAUUACUUGGGUUAUUUUCUCA